GCAGAAAGCCCGUGGAGCCGGCACGCGGGAGCUGAGCGCGCGCCAGCAAAGCCACUGGGCAUGCUCAGAAGCCGGGCAGGUUUGGGUCUGUGGCAGGCAGCUUGUGCAUUACACCCGUGCUCGCCGUCCUGGGGGAAGGAGGAGGAGGAGGAGGAGCGCGGGAGGAAGAGAAGGAGGAGCGGCGAGCAGUAGCCACGACCGCCACCACCAGGCAGAGAAAGAGUUCGUGAGGAGGGAGAGACCCUCCUUCCACUUGGAGCGCCUUGUGUCUGCUUUUGGAAAGACAGAAUACAAGAUAAAGGAGGAGACGGAAAGAAGGAGGGGGAAAAGUGAGGAGGGAGAGAGAGAGGGGGGAGAAAAAAAAGACGCGAACAGAGAGGGCCGGAGCGUGCCGGGCGCCCGAGGCGCGGGGGCGGCGGUGCCGAGCCAAGAGCGCUGCCGCUUGGGCAGGUGCCGGGCCGCUGCCUGGAGGCGGCAUGUGACGCGGCCGCAGCUGCCCGCGGGCGGAGCGCUCUCGGACCCGGGAGCGCACACCGCGGGGCAAGUCGGUGCCUCCGGAUCCCCGCGCUGCUGGUGAGAUCGCCGGCGGUAGCCUCGCUUCUGCAAAGACGCGCGAUGAACCGAAGGGCGGCUCCGGGCAUGGGCGUGCGGUCCUAGGACACUCGCUCCCGGAGCGCUGAGCAGGAGGCGACUAAAGGACAGGGGACCCGGCGACCCCCGUGAGUCGAGGAGGCGCGGGCGGCCGGCGUGGGACGGUCACCUGGAGCGCAGCGGCCAGAUCUGAACAGUGAUGGCACACAUUUCAGUUAUGAGUCGCUCAGUGAGCUGUGGAUCGACGGAACGAUAAGCAUGCCUGUCGUGAUGUAUGCCGCUAAGCCUCUUCACUACAACUGUGUUCUGGUCAGAGGCCAAAUAAACGACAUUCAGAACUUCUACUGAGGUACUAUGAGCUUUCGUGGUAACAUGGCCCCCGUUUUCCUUCUACAAGAGAAAUUCAGCACACAGCAGAGUCCUUGAUAAAUUGGAUUAGUUUGAUGAUCCCACUUGGAAUAGACUAUGUCAGAGAAUCACAAUGACCUUGCACAAUAACAGUACAACCUCGCCUUUGUUUCCAAACAUCAGCUCCCCCUGGGUACACGGCCCCUCGGAUGCAGGGCUGCCCCCAGGAACGGCCACCCACUUUGGCAGCUACAACAUUUCUCGAGCAGCUGGGAACUUCUCCUCUCCCAAUGGCACCACCAAUGACCCUCUGGGAGGUCACACCAUCUGGCAAGUGGUCUUCAUCGCCUUCUUGACGGGCGUGCUGGCCUUAGUGACCAUCAUCGGCAACAUCCUGGUGAUAGUGGCCUUUAAGGUCAACAAGCAGCUAAAGACCGUCAAUAACUACUUCCUCUUAAGUCUGGCCUGUGCUGAUCUGAUUAUUGGGGUCAUUUCAAUGAAUCUGUUUACUACCUACAUCAUCAUGAACCGAUGGGCUUUAGGGAACUUGGCCUGUGACCUCUGGCUCUCCAUUGACUACGUGGCCAGCAACGCCUCGGUCAUGAAUCUUCUGGUCAUCAGCUUCGACAGGUACUUUUCCAUCACGCGGCCACUCACAUACCGAGCCAAACGAACCACAAAAAGAGCCGGCGUGAUGAUAGGUCUGGCUUGGGUCAUCUCCUUCAUCCUUUGGGCCCCCGCCAUCUUGUUCUGGCAGUACUUUGUUGGGAAGAGAACUGUGCCCCCAGGGGAGUGCUUCAUUCAGUUCCUCAGCGAGCCCACCAUCACCUUCGGCACGGCCAUCGCUGCCUUCUACAUGCCUGUCACCAUCAUGACUAUUUUAUACUGGAGGAUCUACAAGGAAACUGAAAAACGCACCAAAGAGCUCGCCGGCCUGCAAGCCUCGGGGACAGAAGCAGAGGCGGAAAACUUUGUCCACCCCACGGGCAGCUCUCGAAGCUGCAGCAGCUAUGAGCUUCAACAGCAAAGUAUGAAACGCUCAGCCAGGAGGAAGUACGGACGCUGUCACUUCUGGUUCGCCACCAAGAGUUGGAAGCCCAGUGCCGAGCAGAUGGACGCAGACCACAGCAGCAGCGACAGCUGGAACAACAACGACGCUGCUGCCUCCCUGGAAAACUCGGCCUCCUCCGACGAGGAGGACAUCGGCUCUGAGACGAGGGCCAUCUACUCCAUCGUGCUCAAGCUUCCCGGCCACAGCACCAUCCUCAACUCCACCAAAUUACCCUCAUCGGACAACCUGCGGGUGCCUGACGAGGAGCUGGGGGCGCCGGACUUGGAGAGGAAGGCCGGCAAACUGCAGACCCAGAAGAGCGUGGACGAUGGAGGCAGUUUCCAGAAAAGCUUCUCCAAGCUUCCCGUCCAGUUAGAGUCAGCCAUGGACACAGCCAAGACCUCUGAGGCCGACUCCUCAGUGGGUAAGGCCACGGCCACCCUCCCCCUGUCCUUCAAGGAAGCCACUCUGGCCAAGAGGUUUGCUCUGAAGACCAGAAGUCAGAUCACCAAGCGGAAGCGGAUGUCCCUCAUCAAGGAGAAGAAGGCGGCCCAGACCCUCAGCGCCAUCUUGCUUGCCUUCAUCAUCACCUGGACCCCCUACAAUAUUAUGGUUCUGGUGAACACCUUUUGUGACAGCUGCAUCCCCAAAACCUAUUGGAAUCUGGGCUACUGGCUGUGCUAUAUCAACAGCACCGUGAACCCCGUGUGCUAUGCCCUGUGCAACAAAACAUUCAGAACCACUUUCAAGAUGCUGCUCUUGUGCCAGUGUGACAAACGCAAGAGGCGCAGGCAGCAGUAUCAGCAGAGACAGUCAGUGAUCUUCCACAAGCGCGUGCCCGAGCAGGCCUCGUAGAGUGGGGUCUUACCAAUCGCGGUGACCAAACGCACGCACAUCGGCCCACAGACCUUAGCAGGGAAUGAGGCGAGGGCGGGGGCGAUUUCUGGGCAUGAUGAAUAUGGUUUUUAUCACCCAGAUAUGGAAGGAGCUGCCUGUUCACUGACCCAUUGAAUAAAUCCAUUUUAAUAGAGAAAGUCAAAUACCAAUUCAGCAAAAAAAAAAAAAAAAAAAAAAAAAAAAAAAAAGCGUAUUACCGAAUAUAAAGAGAUUUAUUCUUAAAUAGACUUCAAGUGUUUUUUUCUUAAAGAAAGGAAAAAAAAAAAAUGUUUCGUAGCAAUUACAUACCCAAAUUGAUCUGCUUGGUUCUUGUAAUUCCCAAUAGCGCUGGCAUCUCAGAUGAGCGUAACUAGCCGACACACUUGGCCACGUCCUUUCCAAGGAUUCCACGUGGAACACGUCAGGCUAGUGACCCCGUGGUUCUGAAAUUACGUCAUGCAAAGCUGAACCUUCUUGUCCCAAUAGAGCUUCCGUCUUCUCUGGUGUGUUGUUAAACUCUAUUUGUGGACUUGAUUCUUGCCAAGUACUGUUUUGUGCAGUUCCAGUCUCGUACAAAAUAAAAAUAUAGACGUAUAUAUAUGUGUGUGUGUGUGUGAGAGAGAGAGAGAGAGAGAGACUUCUGCACACACACACAUAGUGUAUAUAAUAGAGUGGGAAUCGCUGAGCUGGCAAAUUAUUCCUGCAAUAUGUUUUCAGUACUUUGGUAACUGAAGUUUUCUAGGAUCCUAACACAACAUUAAAGUGAAAUAAACCCAGUGUAAUGUUUUGGAAACCAGGGCUUUUUGUCCACAAACCACCCUGGGGAAUAUUCAGCAGAGAGGCCAGCCCCUGAGAGUCAGGUCCUACGCAGCCACGGCUUGCCCAGACUCGUGAGCAUAAGCCUCGUCCUUUGCUGGUGUUCUCUACAGAGCUCAACCUAACCGGGGCCCCUCUGAGCUCAAAACACGAACCACAUGCACAUUGUUUGAAUUCAGUCAUUCAAAUCUGAAUGUUUCCAAACGAAAUGUCUGCUAUCCAAACUGCUUGAAACAGUACUAGUGUCACGCUUGAAUGUCACACACAGCAAUAUAGAUGGCAAAGCAAAAAGGGACACUGUGGGGGGGUGGGGGGUGGGGGGGUGGGGUGUGUGAGGAGGGGAGGAGAGCGUGGGAUUGGAUUUCUUGCUACCUGGCACCUUCCAAACAAAAAAGGGCUCACACCUGUGUUACUUAGCAGUGGCCAGUGCUUUCUGGUUCGUUCUGUGACCUUCACCCAGCCGUCGGUGGGGUUUAGGAACGCGCGUGUCCUCUGAAGAAAGCAUUAGCACUCUGGAAAGUAUCGCUUCCAAUUGAUCUCCUUACAUUUCGCGACAAUUUUUGUAUCUCCUUUGAAUUGAUCCAAAAGCUUAAAUGUUGUAUUUGGCGGGGAGGGGUGCUGCCGUUGCUGUUGUUUUCGUCGCUGCUGUAAUUGUCGGGGCUCCUUCUCCUUCCUUUUGCCGGGGCCGUGUGGGGAGCGGGGGGGUGGGGGGGGGGAACUGAGGAGAAACCUCACCUUGUACAGGGCGUCCGUGUCGUGGACCCGGAGCCAGAACAGAAGCUGCUUGUGUUCAGUGUAAGCUGGUGUUUACGAGCAACAUCAGCGGACGUGGACUCAGUGGUGUGCGUGUUGCUGAACUAUUUAAUUUCGUGUUACGUUUCUAUGAAGAAAUAUUUAUGCAUAUUUCACCACCCGUCUAUUUAAUGUUGAUAAAUAUUACUCUUCAGUCUUCAGCCGUGGUGUCCCUUGCAAGAGACUGUUUAAGGUCCUCUAGAGCGACACGUGCAGGGAACUGGGCUUUCAUGAGGCCGGGAAGAAGAAGACAGCCAUCCCGUUGGCGUCAGCAAGUACCUAACUCCUGGGCAAUCAAAAGCCAACUGUAACGUUAACGUCAGUGUGGAAAACCACUCUUUACUUGAUACCUGAUGGACCCUGAACGGAGCAAAUUUGAAGUCACAUGACAAGGGUUAAAAAGCAGAUCAGUGCCAUUGAAAGAAUGAUGGUUUUUGUUUUGUUUUGUUUUGACCCACAUUCAACCAAAGAACAAGAAAAACCAGAGACCAUUUUCUAACGUGUAGAACAGACUACAGAAUGUUCUGUGAUCCACCUGUGAAAUGUCUAGUGAGCAACCACAUCCAUACUUUACUUCUCCCAUUGGCCUGGCACUAAUAAUAAAUGCGUGAAUGCAGA